AUGGCUUCGUCAGUGCCGCAUGCCGGCGCCCUCUCUCAGCACUUCGAUCGCAAUGUCUCAGAUACCGUCGUCAUCAAACAAGCCCGGUUUGAUCUUGGGCGGUACGGUACAGCCGAAGCAGCGCAGAUGGCGGCCAAUUACUGGGAAUCGACGCAGCGGAAACACUGGCAAUUCACCAAACAAGACCUCGCCGCCAUCCGCCAACGACUCGACGAUGAAGAUCCCGGCCUUGUUCAGAUGUUCCCCCUCCCGCAGCUGCGCCAUCUCAACAUCUACUUCAACCAGCAGAUAAACCGCCUCAGCAAACGGAUCGGCCUCCGCCAACAAGUCAUGGCCACCGCCCAGGUCUAUCUCAAGCGCUUCUACACGCGCAUCGCGAUCCGCCAGACCAAUCCCUACCUCGUCCUCACCACCGUGCUAUACCUCGCCUGCAAGAUGGAGGAGUGUCCGCAGCACAUACGGAUGAUGACUCAGGAGGCCCGGUCCCUGUGGCCGUCGGACCUGCACGGGCACGACCCGGCGCGCGUGGGCGAGUGCGAGUUCUCGCUCAUCUCGGAGAUGCACUCGAACCUGAUCGUCCACCAGCCCUACCGCUCGCUGCUGGGCGUGCAGGACGAGUUCGGCCUGACCCAGGACGAGAUGUCGUUGGCCUGGACCGUCAUCAACGACCACUACAUGACCGACCUGCCGCUGCUGCACCCGCCGCACGUGGUCGCCCUGACCGCCGUGCUGCUGGCGCUGGUGCUCAGGCCGAGUGCGAACACUCCCGCUGCGGGGGGCGCGGGCGGGAAUGCAGGUGCGGCGGCGGCGGCUGCGGCUGCGGGGGCCGGAGGGGUCGCCAUGGCCGCAACUGCGCUGGCGCAGGCACAGGCACAGGUGCAGGCUCGGGCGGCGGCGAUUGCCGCUGCUGGGGCAGGCGGAGGAACGCCGGGGUUCGGGUCGCAGGGGUCGCAGCAACAAGCGGGCUUCUCCCAGGGAAACUCACAAGGGAGUUUGCAGGGGGACAGCGCGGCGGCGGAGCCGAAGAAGGUGACGGACCCGCGUCUGGCCAAGGUGCAGCGCUUCGCGGCGUGGCUCGCAGACAGCAAUAUCGAUAUCGAAGCCAUGGUCGACUGCACCCAGGAGCUGAUCUCGUUUUACGAGUGCCACGAGCAGUACAACGACAAGCACACCAAGGAGCAGAUCAGCCGGUUCAUCAAGGCUCGCAACCUCGACAAGUGA